GAAAUGAACAGUUUUGUGGGUCAAGAUAGCCAUAAUUUUGAGGAAAUAAAAGUCAAAUUUGAGGAUAAUAAAUUUUAUAGUGAAGAUGAGGAUGAAUUUAAUGAUGAAAGCGACAAUGAAUUUGCUAAUGAAAUUAAUAAAAUGCUCGGACAAGAUUAUAUUACAGCAAAAGACAUUCUUAAUACUGCACAGGAAAUUGCUAAGUGUCUUAGAUUUGCAGUAACAAUCAAAAACAGUAGUUGUCGCCAUUUAUAUCUUCAAUGCAAACGUGGUGGUCAACCCCGUAAUACCUCAAAUUUAACAGUAGACACGCGCAAAAGAAAGAGAAUGAGUAAACAUUGUGGAUGCCAAUUUCUUUUAAAGGCAGUACUACAAAAUUCUAAAUGGCACGUUACUGAAAUAAUAAAUAAGCACAAUCAUCCUAUGACCAAAGAUGAAAGAAUUUUCUAUGAACAUCAUCAGUUAACGCAGAAAACAAGAAGUGCGGCUGUGCGAAUGUUGAAAGCAGGAGCAAGACCGA